AGUUAUAGGUGACCCCACACUGUAAAUGUAAUCAUUUAGUUGAUUGUGCCGCAGAGAGAACUUUUAGGGAAGCGUAUGGUUAUAAGUAUCAAGGAACAGUACCGUCAUCACUCCCAUCCAAAGUAAUUUAUUCUACUGCACCAACAGGUGUUGGUUCUGGUGUGGCAGCAGGUACUACCGAAUAUAUUACAAUGAAUCUUUCACCAUCAUACGUCCUUAACUCAUUGCGGGCUGUCAGGGAACCAAUAGUGGACUACCAAGAAGGAAGAGGAGUUUCUAGGAGCGAAUCAGUAUCAUUUUUGGCACUAAUAACAUCUUUAUGUACACAUGCAUACACGGCAGCUAUCACUAUUUUAGUGAUGUUAUGGAAUUUGGCCCCUUUGCUCGAUGGUUUUGUGUAUUUUGCCAGAUUUGUGGUUGACAAAUUAAUCGAGAUAUUUGAAACAAGGGAUAAAAAAGAGAAAAUUAUGAAAGCAGCUGUGUUUGCGGGUGAAAUUAUUGUUAUUCUGUUUAUAAUAUUCUUAAUAAUGGGUCUCAUUUUUAUGCCCGUUUAUGUACUGACGGCGAGGAUUAUAGGUAAAAUUUGGGGGAUGAUUGCUUGGUAG